AUGUCCGGGAGCAUCCCACGAUUCUUGAUCCCCCGCGGCAUGCCCUCGCCAGCGACGUUCCGCGCCCUGUCUCGCCGCAGCGUGGUCUCCGCGCGCCUCUUCUCCAGCUCUCCCCCUGCCCACAAUGGACCGCCGCGCGUGCUCGAGAAGCCAGACAAAUUCCGCCCUCCGUCGCACGCCUCCCGCCGCGUUGUGCAGACCAAGAACGGGCGUAUUGUGAGCCAGCCGCUCAACUACCCUGGUCCGAAGCUAUCGGAGAAAGAGAUCGCCGAGCGCGAGGCGAAGCAGUAUCCGAAUACCUUUCCCCCGCCGAAUACAGUCAUGUUUAAAUUCCUGACCAACAAAUGGAUCCAUAUUUGGAUAGCGAUGGGCGUCUUGACAUCGCUUGCAACGUUCACCUUCACGACCAACUUCAAACGCUCGUCGCCGUUUGCACACCUCCUCCCACCCUGGUCGGGAUUACUCUCGCAUCCGAUCGACACGAUCUCGCAGGCCGUCAGCGUGUUCAAGAUGGACGUGCAGCAUAAUUCGGUGCUCGUCAGGGAACAGAGGCAUAAGCGUGUCGAAGACGCAGAGAAGAGGCGGCAAUUCCGUGUGGCCCAUGGGUUGGAAGAGGGAGAUGUACCUGCUACUACUACUGCUGCUGCUGCUGCUGCUGCUGUUGACGACCAGUCGCCUAUUGCGCAGGAUCAGUCCGAGUUUGUGGAUUGGGAGGGGAAGAAGAAGCCAGUCAAGAAGUGGCUAGGCAUUUGGUAG